AUGUCUUCCCGGUUUGUAUCAGGCGGUAUAACUGACACCAAGACUGGCGACAUCGCGCCCGCGGACCCAUCAGUGCCGUCCGACACCACCAACACUAGCAGCAGCAGCAGCAGCAAGAAAUCAGAGGAGUGGGCGGCGGUGCAGGCGCAGCUGGAGGAGGAGCGGCGGCGGCGGCAGCAGCAGAGGGAGGCGGCGCAGACGGGGACGGCCGGCGAGGAGAAGUCACUGUACGAGGUGCUGCAGGCCAACAAGGCGGCCAAGCAGGCGGCGUUCGAGGAGGCCAACAAGAUCAAGAACCAGUUCCGGCCGCUGGACGACGACGAGGUCGAGUUUCUGGACGGCGUGCGGGAGCGGAAGCGCCUCGAGGAGGAGAGGCUGCGGAGGGAGACCGAGGAGGGCCUCCGGGGGUUCCGCGAGCUGCAGCAGAAGGCCUCUGCUCCUGGCGAGGGGCCCGAGGAUGAGGGUGCUGCUGCCGAAGCGGGGGAUAUCGGGGGGUGGAGCGUUGGGAGGAAGAGGAAGAGGAGGAAGGACGAGCCUGAGAGCGUCUUGAAGGGGUUGAAGAGGCGGGGCAGCAGCGCCGCCGAUGGGGGCGAGGGCGCGAAGGUGGAGGAAAAGGGCAGAGACGCGGCUGCUGAUGCGGCAGCCGGUCAGAAAGGCUCUGCGGCUGCUCCGAAGGGCGCACAAGAUACUCAGGCGCCUUUGGCGAAGCCCGCUACUCCUGCGGCGGCGAAACCGAAGGCUGGUCUUGUUGACUAUGGCUCUGAUGACGACAGUGACUGA